AGUUUUGUCCCUCCCGACACGCCGUAGAGGACAACCAACAAACGUGCAAUGUUGUGACUCGAACCAGCUAGUUUACGGUUUUAACCUGAACACGUGUGAGAACGGAAACCCGCUCGUGUCUGGUAGAUUUUAGGAGACUUCCAUAUUGAAUCCUAAAUAUCCUGGAAAGCUGAAGUCAGGUUCGUUUGCAGAGCUUUAACGCCGGGAGGAGAAGAAGCGGAACCUUGAGGUUUAGCCUGGUCGGUGGAGAUCCUAAAGAAAAAAGAAACUGCAGAUUUUCACCUUGCAUCUGUUGGAAAAGCCCGUCAGUAACAUGUCAGCCGUGCAAAACGAGUCCAGGAAACGGAGCAAGAAGCGCUAUGUGUCCGGUCAGCAGGGCAAGCGGUGGAAGGGUUCCCGGGAGCUGGAGGUGGGAAUGCUGGGGAUCCUCAUCACCUGCAACAUGAACGAGAGAAAGUGCACCGCGGAGGCCUUUAACCUGCUCAACGAGUACGCAGACAAGCUAUUUGGACCAGAGAAGUUUCAGGACAGCAAAGGAAGCAGCAGCAGUGAAGAGGAAGAGGGUGAGGAAGAAGAUGUAGAUGUUGCAUUGAAGAAGGAAGUUGCACAGCUUCAGUCAUCUGGAGGCAAACGGGAAAGGCGCUUCCAGGCCCUGGACAGUGGUGCUAACAAUGUCAUCUUCAUCAGAACUCAGAAUCUGGAACCCGACAAACUGGUUCAUCACAUUCUGUCUGAUCUCCACACCACCAAGAAGAAGAAGUCACGAGUGAUCCUUCGGAUGCUACCAGUAACUGGAACAUGCAAGGCUUUCCAGGAGGAUAUGUUGAAGUAUCUGACCACAUUCCUAGAGCCCUGGUUCAAAACUCCAAACAGUGCAACUUACCAGAUCGCCUUCAAGGCUCGAAACAGCAGCCAUAACAAAAGGGAGGAAAUCAUUAAAUCUAUCGCAGGUCUCGUGGGGAAGCUAAACCCCAAGAACAAGGUGGAUCUGACAAACCCCGAACUGACAAUAAUCGUGGAAGUCAUCAAGGCCGUGUGCUGCGUCAGUGUGGCCAAAGACUAUACGCUGUACAGAAAGUAUAACGUUCAGGAGGUGGUGAAAGAAGAUGCACCAAAACCUGACGCAGCCAAAAUGAAAACCAACCCAAACGCAGCCGAGCAGGAAGAUGAGCACAACGGAGGGGAGGCGGAGAAGAAGGAGGAGGAGAAGAACGUCGCAGAAGACGAGAAAACCGAAUUACAGAAUGAGGAGAAGGUUGAUAAGGGUGAAGAUGAUGGAGAAUAGGAGCUCGGAUUCAGAGAAAUCAGCCAGGUUCCUUGUUUGUGUGAAUUUUUUUAACUGUUAACAUGUUUGUCAAAAACACCCAAGUUGUCAAUAGUCUAAUGGAUAGUAAUGUAAUUUAAUGUUUUUGUUUUUUAUAAAUGUAUAAAGGUAAAUGUCAGACUUGCAACCAACUUCACUGAUGAGGGGGAAGCGUUGCACCUUUGACUUUUUUUAUGUUCAACUUGAAUUUCAUCUAAUUUAGACCUUUUUACUCAAAUUAUUAAGAGUUGGGCCACAUAACAGAUGUUAACAGUGAAAAUAAAUCCAUUGGAGAAUUACUUGAUGGCACCUUAAAAAUGCUGAUUACAUGAAUUACCCGUCUGCUCUUUGUAGUUCUUUCUUAACACUUCUGAAAUUAAAGCUCUGUGUGUGUUUAA